GCCUCCUCCUCCCGGCUGGUUCCUGCCGCUCCUGUUUGCCGCCAGACCAGCAGCGUUUUCCCGCCAUCUGUAAACUUCGCGUAACGGAGGGAUUCAUGAUGGUUUUAACUACAGAGCAAAUAAACCUGAUUGGACAAGUAUUUGAAUCAUAUAUUCUGGAAUAUCACCAAAAUGAUGUCUUGCAGAUUUUAAGAGAAAAAGAUGAUGAUGCCCAUUACCCAGUUAUUGUUGAUGCAUUGACACUUUUUGAGACCAACAUGGAAAUUGGUGAAUAUUUUAAUGCUUUCCCUAAUGAAGUGCUUCCUAUUUUUGAUAAUGCAUUGCGUAGAGCAGCUGUGACAGUAUGUCAGUCAGCUUCCCAAGCUCAGGAAUUCAUCAUUAAACAGAAUCUCCAUGCCAGAAUAUCAGGUUUACCUGUAUGCCCAGAGCUAACUAGAGAACGCAUCCCAAAGACUAGAGAUGUAGGGCAUUUCUUGUCAGUCACUGGCACUGUUAUUCGCACCAGCCUAGUGAAAGUCCUGGAAUUCGAGCGGGAUUACAUGUGCAACAAAUGCAAGCACGUUUUUGUGAUCAAGGCUGACUUUGAACAAUAUUAUGCUUUCUGCCGUCCAUUAUCCUGCCCUGGGAAAGAAGACUGCACCUCCUCGAAGUUCACUUGUCUCUCUGGAACAUCCUGUGCUCCCAGCCGUUGCAAAGACUAUCAAGAGAUCAAGAUUCAGGAGCAGGUUCAAAGGCUCUCUGUUGGAAAUAUUCCCCGUUCUAUGAUGGUGGUCCUUGAAGAUGAUUUAGUUGAUAGUUGCAAAUCUGGUGAUGACAUUACAGUUUAUGGAGUAGUGAUGCAGAGAUGGAAGCCUUUUCACCAAGAUUCACGCUGUAAUGUAGAGAUAGUUUUGAAGGCCAAUUACAUUCAGGUCAACAAUGGGCAAAUUAUGGGCAUCACAGCUGAUGAGGAUGUUUGCAAAGAAUUUGAAGAUUUUUGGGAAAGACAUAGGAAUGAUCCUUUAGCAGGGAGGAAUGAAAUUUUAGCAAGCUUGUGUCCUCAGAUUUUUGGAUUAUAUCUUGUGAAAUUGGCUGUAGCUAUGGUGCUCACGGGAGGGGUUCAGAGAACAGAUAAUACCGGUACUCGAGUUAGAGGUGAAUCGCAUCUUUUACUGGUUGGAGACCCUGGAACCGGUAAAUCUCAGUUUCUGAAAUAUGCAGCAAAGAUUACUCCACGAUCUGUACUUACAGCAGGAAUUGGAUCUACAAGUGCAGGUUUGACUGUGACUGCUGUGAAAGACUCUGGAGAAUGGAAUUUGGAGGCUGGCGCACUGGUCCUGGCUGACGGAGGCCUGUGCUGCAUAGAUGAGUUUAACAGCAUCAAGGAACAUGACAGAACAAGCAUCCAUGAGGCCAUGGAACAGCAAACCAUCAGUGUGGCCAAGGCUGGUUUAGUGUGCAAACUGAAUACAAGGACCACAAUUUUGGCAGCAACCAAUCCUAAGGGCCAAUAUGACACUAAUGAAUCUGUCUCUGUCAACAUAGCCCUUGGAAGCCCUCUUCUUAGCAGGUUUGAUCUUGUCCUGGUAUUGUUGGAUACAAAAAAUGAAGAAUGGGAUCACAUCAUUUCGUCCUUCAUACUGGAAAAUAAAGGCUGCCCAAACACAUCUGAAAAGCUCUGGUCUAUGGAAAAAAUGAAAACUUACUUCUGCCUUAUCAAGAAACUCCAGCCGAUACUGACUGAUGAAAGCCACCUGAUCCUUGUCCGCUAUUAUCAGAUGCAGAGGCAGAGUGAUUGCCGGAACGCGGCCCGAACCACGAUCCGCUUAUUAGAGAGCUUGAUACGGCUUGCUGAAGCACAUGCUCGACUGAUGUUCAGGGAAAUUGUAACUGUGGAAGAUGCAGUAACUGUGGUUUCAGUGAUGGAAUCCUCCAUGCAAGGAGGUGCACUUCUUGGUGGUGCCAAUGCACUCCACACUUCAUUUCCUGAAAAUCCAGUGGAGCAACAUCGAAUGCAAUGUGAACUAAUCUUGAAGAAGCUGGAGCUGCAGCACCUUCUGCAGGAGGAAUUAAAAAGGCUUGACAGAUUACAGAAUGGAAAUUCAAGCCCGUCUCUACAGUGCAGAGAAGCAUCUUUAAAUAAUCACACAUUUGGGAAAUUGGAGCAGAGGAUUCAUUCCCAGCAUUCAGAUAAAGAGGAAAAUAAUAUUCAGUUGCAACCUUUGUCAGCCAAAAUAACUCCUGAGGAUGAUACGCAUCCAGGAUUCCCAACCAGACAUGUAUCUGAUGAUACCCAAGUAAGAGAGAAAUGGAACGGCCUUAAUGAGAACAGCAGGGAUAACACCUUGAACUGGUUUGAUAGUAUAGCAGAAGGUAAUAUGGAAAUGGAGAAGGUCACUUGUAAUUUUCCAGUUGCAGUAACAUCUCAAGACAAUCUGGCUUUGGAAGCAAGAAGUAGUAGGUCUUCUGAAGAGACCAGCUGUUUAAGACAAGCUGAGCAAGCCAAGAAUAGGGAAUCACUGACAAAAAAAGACCAGGGGAAUUCUUGUAUACAGGCUAGUUUUGCCCUUGAGAGGACAGGAAAGCCUAUAAACUCCCCUUCAGGAGCAAGUUACAAGGGUCCAAAUGCUUCCCCUAGCACACCUAACUUAGUCAUUACUCAAAGGGCCUCUAAGAAGUGGCGGAAGAUGAAUAUUGAAAAGAUCCAGAGGUUUUGUACAAGUAUAGCAGAUUCCAAGGCUGGGGAUCAUCUACCUUCAUUAUCUUCUCAUCCUGUAAUUGUCCCACAUUGUCCUAUAAAAGACGGAAGUGCUUCCCUGUCUCACAAUGUGCCUUCAAGGCAUUUGACGUCAACAACUUUAAACCGGAAGCGAAAUAGAGACCAAACAAAGAAAGUAAGAAGUUGCAGGGAACCUGAGGUCCUUGAGAAUUCAGGAGAUGCUCCCUCUAAGCUCGCAAAAUUUUCCUUUCGACAAAAACCUAAGCUUGCUCUUUCUCCUGAAGAUGAGGAACUUCACAAAUUCCCUGAGACUAUUUACAGCCCUGACUCUUUUACCCAAAGUACAUCAAAAGGAGAAAGACUGAGAAAAGAAGAUCCUGACAAAUAUCAGGAAAGCCACAGUCUUUACACAGGAAAUAAGUGCAAGGAGAAACAAGCUUGUGAAAACAAGGAAGAGGAAGACAAGCCAAAGCCAAAUAAAACCAAAGCCAUUUCUUUCACAAACAAGACAGGGACAGGAAUAGAAACAUCGGAUGGCCGAGAAUCAAGAAAAGUGUGCCCGAGUACUUUAGCAAAGUUGGCAAAGUUUGCCUUUACACCAUCAGACGAAUCUCCAGUUUCCUUGAAUAGCACCAGUAAGGAUGAGGUGAGAGAACGACAGCCACUGAAGCCCCAGACAGAUUGUGCCGAACACACCCAGAAAUGCUUUGAAUUAGGAAAGGCCAACAGAAUUACAGGAAAAUUGUUCUCAGUAACUGAUUUGGAUGAUGCAGUGUUAGACUUUGACUGGAAUGAAGAGAUUCAGAAAAAUGCUAAAUCUUAAGCUUUAAUGUCUCCUACCAUCUCAAAAAUAUAGGAUGUUACUUUUAUAAUUGGUUUAAUUUUUGACUUGGGAAUAAUGCUGCAAACAAUAAGCAACCUAACAGACCCUUUAAAAAUUGAAUCAGGUUCUAAAAAGAGCAUACUUCUACCUAUUAUCAGCUAAAAUCUGAUGCUAUUGGAGUGUUAUGUUCAAAGUGAAAUAAACUGAGAGCUCUAUCAGAAGACUCUAGCUCACCAGGUGCAGACAGCAGACCUGAAAAAUAAAACCUCCCUCUUCCUGGUUUUUCUCUUCACUGAAAGCUAGUCUAAAUCUCUGCAGUAGUGGGGAAUGUGGUAGUGGAUUGGGAGUGUUUCUCUUGUGUAUGCCUAUUUAAGCACAUGCACCUGAUAAAGGGCAGAUUAUGUCAAAAUGUCAUGUUACAGUAUCACAUUCUUGCAUCAUUUUGUGUCAUGACAUGCACAGUAUCGCUUGCCCUCCCUCCUGCAGCUGUCCUAUGAUAUUAAGACCUUUCCAACAGUGAGCUUCAGAUUUUGGGAGGACAUCCUUCAGAGGCUAGGGUUUAUGGUGGGUUGGGGCUGUUUUUCCAUGUUCAGGACAUUGUCCAGAGUUGACAGAGGAGAGGCAUAAAACUGCAGCCUUAAGGUAGUGAAGUCCGCAGAACUAGUAUGAAUAAACCAUUUGAAAUGCAAUGAGUGAAACGCUAUUUUACUUGGAUUUUUCUCUAAGGUACAUAUAUCCAUUGACUAUCCAGUUAGCUUAUUUUGGUGAAAUUAUGAGAGGAAGAAUCUCUAGUAAAGAAGCACAUAGAGUAUUUUUAUAAUUAAUUUAGUUUUCUUAGCAUCCUAUAGAAAUUUCUGAUUCUGUCAGGUUUUCAAUUAUUUUGUUGUUCUGGUAAAAUGAACUCCCAAAUUCUUGAAAAGUGGUGUAUGUGUUUUGGGGGGAAUCCUCCCAUCUUCCUUUUAACAUCUGUUUUGCUUUACUGUAUUGUUGUCUAGCUCCAUUGCAUAAUGACUAUUGAUCUAUGGUUUUUAUUAAUUCACUAGGUAUUAUUUGGUAACAGAUAACAUUUAUUAUGUUUGGUUCAGGAAGAAGCUUGCAUUCUUUGUUCAGUUGGACAGUUAGGCUGCUAAAGUUUGUAAACCAAUGUAGCUAUUAAAAUGAUCGAAUUGGUAAUUUACUUCAAUUAAAAUGUAUGAUUAUCACUGCUUUCCUCCAAUAAAAUGUCAGCUAACACCUGCCCUCAA